CGGUGAGUGGGGGCAUCUCUCUUGCGGGGCUCUGGGGUCGCCGCCGAGGUUUAGGGGAGCUUGGGUGGCGCGAGGUGGGGUCAGAGACCUUUUUGGGAGGUUAAGAUCCACUGGGAGUUGGGUCUGGUGGGCCACAGUGGUACCCCUGUGGGUCUUUGGAGAGAAAAGACGCUACUUCUGGGUGUCAGAACAGGGUCUUCACCGGUUCUCUUAUUUUACCUUCCCAACAAACCCUGUGAGAUGGAUCAUCUCUUGCCUUUUAUAGUUGAGGAAACUGGCUUUCAGAGAAACCCAAACUUGUGUGACUGACUGCAUGGUAGCAUAAACAGGCAAUGUCUGUCUUCUUUUUCCAUCAAAGGGCAACAUCUCUUUUCUUCUUCUUCUAUAAAGUGAGCCCUUCAUCAGACUCCUCCAAAGAAAGGGAGUCUCAGAUGCAAAGCCUCUCAGCUUCACGCCGACCCUCGCUCCUGCCAUCCUGCCCAGCAGAAGACUAAGAGCCUGGCAGAAGGCUGCAGUCGACAAAGAGUGGAGGUCCUUGAAUUUUCGAUCUGGUAAAUAGCCCAGUUUCAGAGGGUUACUCCAGAUUCAUCAUGAUUGAAGACAAUAAGGAGAAUAAAGAGUAUUCCUUGGAAAGAGGGAGAGUAACUCUCAUUUUUUCCUUAAAGAAUGAAGUUGGAGGACUGAUAAGAGCACUGAAAAUUUUCCAGGAGAAACAUGUGAACCUGUUACAUAUCGAAUCCCGAAUAUCUAAGAGAAGAAAUUCAGAAUUUGAGAUUUUCGUUGACUGUGAUAUUAACAGGGAACAACUGAAUGAUAUUUUUCAUCUGCUGCAGUCUCAUACUAACAUUCUCUCUGUGAACCCACCAGACAAUUUUACUAUGAAGGAAGAUGGUAUGGAAAGUGUUCCUUGGUUUCCAAAGAAGAUCUCUGAUCUGGACUUCUGUGCUACCAGAGUUCUGAUGUAUGGAUCUGAACUUGAUGCAGAUCAUCCUGGCUUCAAAGACAACGUGUAUCGUAAAAGACGGAAGUACUUUGCACAGUUGGCUAUGAACUAUAAGCAUGGGGACCCCAUCCCCAAGGUUGAAUUCACUGAAGAAGAGAUUAAUACUUGGGGAACUGUUUUCCGAGAGCUCAACAAACUCUACCCAACCCAUGCCUGCAGAGAGUACCUCAAAAACUUACCUUUGCUUUCUAAAUAUUGUGGCUAUCGGGAAGAUAAUAUUCCACAACUGGAAGAUGUCUCUAACUUUUUAAAAGAGCGCACAGGGUUUUCCAUCCGUCCUGUGGCUGGCUACUUGUCACCAAGAGAUUUCCUAUCAGGUUUAGCCUUCCGAGUUUUUCACUGCACUCAAUAUGUGAGACACAGUUCAGAUCCCCUCUAUACCCCUGAGCCAGAUACCUGCCAUGAGCUCUUAGGUCAUGUUCCACUCUUGGCUGAACCUAGUUUUGCUCAAUUCUCCCAAGAAAUUGGUCUGGCAUCACUUGGAGCUUCAGAGGAGGCUAUUCAAAAGCUGGCAACGUGCUACUUUUUCACUGUGGAGUUUGGUUUGUGCAAGCAGGACGGGCAGCUAAGAGUCUUUGGUGCUGGCUUACUUUCUUCUAUCAGUGAACUCCAACAUGCACUUUCUGAACAAGCCAAAGUAAAGCCCUUUGAUCCCAACAUUACCUGCAAACAAGAAUGUCUUAUUACGACUUUUCAAGAUGUCUAUUUUGUAUCUGAAAGCUUUGAAGAUGCAAAGGAGAAAAUGAGAGAAUUCACCAAAAUAAUUAAGCGUCCGUUUGGGGUGAAGUAUAAUCCAUACACUCAGAGUAUUCAGAUCCUGAAAGAUGCCAAGAGCAUAACCAGUGCCAUGAACGAGCUGCGGCAUGAUCUCGAUGUCGUCAGUGAUGCCCUCACUAAGGUCAGCAGGCAGCUGAGUAUGUGACAGUCACCAGUCCUAAUCCAGAAGGCAUUUGAGCAUCAGUUCAGAGCCUGUGGACCAACGGUUACUCUUCCUGAAGACCUCAUUCUGAAUGGACAACAGCUCUGUCUAAACAAUACUCUCUAAUCUUGGGGCUGGGGAUUUAGCUUAGCAGCAUAAGCACCUGUCUUGCCAGCAGGCGGUUGUGAGUUCAAUCCCUGAUACUGAUAAAAAAAUACUCUCUAAUCUCAUUCUGUAAUGAAUCACUGGUCUCUGAAAAUGUGUAAAGUGUGUACCUGGAUACUCUGUCCACCACCUUUUCUUUUGGUCUUUGUUUUUGGUAACUUCUGUAGUGAAAUAUAAUUUAUAUACCAUCAAAUUCACUGACCACCUCAUGUUUUGAGAUCAGGUCUUGUUAGGUACCUCAGGCUGGCCUUGAACUUGCAAUCCUCUUGCCUCAGUCUCUGAAGUAGCUGGGAUUACAGGUGCAUUCCCUCAAGCCCUACUGACCACUAACUUUUAAUAGAGAAAUUGUUUGGUCUAGUGAAUAGAUCUAGUCUAAUAAUAACUCUAUUUUCUCCAUCCUUCCUGAGCAAAAGACUGUUCUAGCCCCUCAGAAGGUUAGUGAAUAUUGUGAAUUCACCCCAUAUUGUUACCUGUACCAAUUUUGCUGAGUUUGUACAAAGCAUGAUCACAUUCAGUCACACACCUAAACCAGCCCUGCCUGCAGCUAGCAUGGUAAAGAGAUUUUACAGAGCAUGCCUAGAAGAGUGUAAGUAAUCCAGGUUCAGGUGCAGUGUCUUAUAGGGAUGGAGUAAUAGAUAUAACUGGAGAGAUUGAUAGGGAUGUAAUUCGUAAGAUUAGGCUAUGGAUUUCACACUUGAUUUUGUAGGCACUAGAAAGGCCCUUCCCAAGUGAUUCUAUUCCUUGAAAUGCUCCUAUGGCAUUGUGUCAUACUGAUUUUUUCCUAGGUUAUUUGUCGUACACAUGAGGCCCAGGGCACAUUGGUGACCCUGUACUCAGACAUGCAGUCCUGGGAUCAUGGUGGUAUUGUCCUCAGUCUAGCAGCAGGGAGUGUUGUCAAAGGGAGAGUUCAGACUGAGACACUGGAGAGGAACACACAGUAAAAGAUGAAAAAGCAAAAGAUUUCUGAGUCCAUAAAUAAGAAGGCAAAAUGUAAGGGCAGAGAGGGGUGGGAAAAAGAUGGAGGAAAUGGAAUGUCAGAAGUUUGUCAAGAAGAAUAUUUUAGGUCUUGCAUAAAUAUGCAAGGGUUUCAAAUAUCAGUUUUUUUUAAUGUGGUGUCAGCUGGGUAGCAUAGGGCUAAGUAACUGUGUUACCUCUUCAUUACUUAAUAACAAAAUACCUAUGAUAAUCAACUUCAAGGAGGAAAGGUUUAUUUUGGCUCACAAUUUUGGAGGUUUCAGUCAAUGGUUGGUUGACCCUGUUACUUUUAAGCAAGUGAUGAGGGUGCAGAUGGUAGGAACAUCUGCCAGAGGAAAACCACUCACCUUAUACUGGGGUAAGGGAGAGAAGGAACAGAUCAGGGUCCCACAGUCUGUUCUAGGGCAUGCCCUCAAUGGCCAGAGCAUCUCCUGCUAGACCCUACCUCUUAAAGUUUCCACCAUCUGCCAAUACAGCAAGCUGAAGACUAAGUCUCUAACACACAGGCCCUUGGGGACCAGUCCAGAUGCAAACUAUGGCAGCAGUUGUGCUAUAAGUGGAUUAACCUGGACACCCAGCAGUAUGCCAGGCCUCUUUAAUUACCUGUUUUUCUUCCCCCAUCCACAAACUAGAGCAGUGCCUCAAAUUUUUGUCUUUAGUGCUCUCCCUCUUGCUGUCUCUUCAUGAGGAUUGUCAAUCACACCCUUGGUUUCACGGUUAAUUUUGGAUUACUCAUAUAUUUGCAGUUUUAAUUCUGACAUCUUUCUUGAGCUUUUGCCUCUUGAUUCCAGCUACCUGCUAGUUAUUUCCAUCCAGGUGUCCCACAAAUUAGGCCAAUGUUGUACAGCUUCAUGUACCCCCAUUCACAUAGAAUGAAAUGAGUUGUGUAAUGUGGCAAACCUGCCCAGUAUCAAAUUCAACAGGUACAAAGAGAAGCUCAGAAUCAGUGGAAUAUUCACUCCAUUUGCUUUUUCUUCCCCAUUUGCUUUCUCUUCCAGUGAUCUAAUUUCUGCUGACAGUGUAUUAAGGGUCAUAUUUCAGUUUGUUGUUCUGGUUUAAUCAGCUACUUAAGAAUCUCCACCCUUAUUUUUUUCACAUUAAUUGUCAGAUUGCACACCAUUUAACAUGCCUUAUUUCAAAAAGCCACUAGAUUUUUAAUCAUUAUAAGAUUUCAAAAGAAAUUAUAUAAAAUUUUUAAAAACCAAAUUUCAUUUUGUGAUAUAUGGGGAAAUAGAAUUUGGAAGAGUAAUUCAUGUUAUUUCAGUUCAUUACUUAACACAUUUUAAUAGCUAACAACUGUUAAGUAUAUGUUUGAUAGUAAAUAGAUUUGUUAGCUAAUCUAAAAUCAUUUGAAAUAUUGAUUCACUAGUUCGUAGUUUGUCUACUUUGAUGCAAGGAAAUCUAUUAGAGGAGACCAUAAUUGAUAGCAAAUAGCAAAUUAUGCAUGCAGUGUCUGUUAUUUUCAUACAAAUUUGUUCAUAGUGAAGAAUCAGUUUGAACUUUAAAAUGAUGAUAUUUAAAAAUCACUUUGUGACUGAAGAACAUUAAAAUAAAUGUUAUAGACUCAACCUCAUGUAAUUCACAACUUAAGAACAGUGGAAAUAUUUAAUAAUGGAUUCCAGUUCUUUCUUCUAAUCUGUGGAUUUGUGAUAUUUGGUAAAUUAGAAAUCUUGAGAGUCCUAGAAUUUUACGUAUGUCCUUGCCUUUAAAUAUAUGUCUUCAAAGUACCAAGGAUUAUGUAUAAUUACUCAAACAUGAGUACUGUACACAACUGUACUAGAAGCUUGGUUCAUUACUCACAGUUGUAGUAUCCUCUUGAAGUUUUGAAGAAAACUCAAAAGUUGGUCACCAUAAUGCUUACAUUUCUUAAUUCUCAGAUUUUGUCAUUUGGAGUUAUAUAAAUAGUAAUGACAUAAAUGUAAAUAAUUAUUAUUAAUUUUUAAGUUGGCUUCCAAAUUGGAAAAAGAAAAAAAUCCUGGGAUUCUCUAAAGGAACAUACAAUACAGUCCAUAAUUUAAGUGGAUAAAAAUACUAUGAUCCCUUUCUAGCUAAUCUUUGUCUUAUUAUGUAAUAUAUAUUUAUAAUUUGUAAGCUUAUUCAACUGGAUAAUAAAAAUAAAAAUCAUUUUUUGAACAAGUA